AUGAUCAAAUUGAAUUACGAUCAAGAACUGGAUAUGUUUAUCUGUGGAGGAAGUGGUAUUGAGUUUACCUCUCAAAUAUCUGCUAACCAACCUCUAAUUAAAACCUCUCUAGUUGAAUUGUACUUUCCAUCCAAACAAUCAUCGAGUGGCAAAACAAAUACCACUCAAACAACCGAUUCCUCGAACAAGGAUCAAUCAACCAACUCUGACGACAAGAAAAUCACUCCUCCUAUUCAGUAUGGUGCCAUUCCGAAGUUCUUACAAAAAACCAAUCAGAACAACAUCGUCUUUGUCUCAACUCCUUACAGUGAAGGUGUUAUAUUUCAUAACUACAAGGAGAUAUUUCUGUGUGGCCAUGUUUUAAAGGACUCCGUGCAGACUCUUCAUAAGGUUCCAGUGUUUUCAGAGACUGAUAAUUCAAUUGUGCAAAUUGUGACAUGUAGACACUCAAUGUUUGUCCUGUUAUCUAAUGGGAAGAUGUACAGUUUGAGAGGAAACGAGAUGGUAGUUUAUUUAGAUCAGGAAAAGAGAGCUCUCGAUCCAAAGUGUCUCCUACAAGAAAUUCCAUUCGAUAAACCAAUUAAAUAUGUUUCGAAUGGUGGUGGGAAACACUUCUUUGCUCAAACAACAGACAAUGAGCUCUAUGCUAUUGGUGACGAUACAUUUGGACAAUUAUGCCUUUCUAAAUCCUCCAUAAGAUCACACAAUGGAUUUUCCAAUAAUACCAAAAAUGUAGAUGAAAGAAAGGAACUUGAUGAUUAUGAAUCCACAACUUUCUAUCCAAAAUUUGUAAAAGUCCCAAUUGAUAAGACAAUCUCAAUGCAAGAUAACGAAAUUGAGAAGAUUGAAUGUGGGUUAAAUCAUACAUUCAUUCUAAUAAGAAAUGUACAGACUGGUGCUAAAUCUCUCUAUUCCUCAGGGUGCUCAUACUAUGGCCAAACAGCAAUUGGUUCAACAAGAAAUAGAAACAGACUCUCUCAGGUAGAAUUGAAUUGCUCCAAUGAAAUUAUAGAUAUCAAAUGUAAUAACAAUGGCUCAUAUGUCAUUACACCAAGAGCACUCUUCUAUGCCGGUAUCAAUGAUCAAAAUAUUCUUUCUGUAAAUAAGGCAUACAGUUCAGUGUUGACAGAAGUUCCUCUUACUACUCAAAUAGCAUCAAAUGACGAAUUCAGUAUUAUGGAAUGUGGCUACAACCACUGCCUUGCUGUCACUAAGAGGAAUAGAAUAUUUGGCUUUGGAAGAUCCUCGUCCAAUCAGUUCGGCAUUGGUUUAAACAACUAUAUUUGCCAAGAGAUUGAAACAAAGGAAUUGUUUGACAAGAAGAUUGUUGCCAUUUGUUGUGGUCAUUCUCAUAGUAUUAUAUUUUCUCAACCUUUGGUAGCUCCUGUUGAAGAUGAAGUGCAGCUCCACGAAGACUUAAUCAAGCUAAGAUCGAGUAGUAAUGUCUGGGAUUUACAAAUAUUUACUGCAUCCAAAGACUUUUCAGUGAAAAUUCCUUUGUAUAUUCUUUCUAAAAGAAGACCAGAACUGCUGAGUUACAACAAGUCAAAGGCACCAAAAUCCAAAGAUAGUUUAUUAUAUUUGAUAGAUUGGAUUUAUUUCAAUACAUUCAUUGAACCAUCCCUACAGAUUGACAGCUUGAUUGAUGUUCUUGAGUGGAUGACUGUAAAUAAUGUGCAAGAUGAAAGUCUUACUAACCUUGUUCUCAAUGAAUCAAUAAUAAGAACUAACGAAGAAAAUGUGUAUGACACCAUCCAAUACAUAUUGAAUAGAAAGUAUCCUAAGGAGGAGUCACCAUUAUCAGCUUUUUGGCACCAUGCUCUAAGCUUUUGUAAACAAUAUAUUGUAGAGAAUAGCUUCUGUAAAAUUAAGAACUCAAGCUUUCUCAAACAAAGCAUUUUAGUUGAAAUAGCAAAGCUAGAAGAUCCAAAUCUAUUGGAAUGUAGAUCACUCAGUGAAGUUCAAGAAUCUCUUCCUCAAACUAUUCCAGAAAUUGUUUCAGAAAUUUUCGACUCACCACAGCUCUCUGAUUUACAAAUCGUGCUAGACAAAUCUAGAGGAUUUGUUGUCUAUUGUCACAAAUCAAUUCUUGAAACACGAAGCAAUUAUUUUAAUAUGAAAAAGUACGGAUUUCAAGCAGCUACAAUCAAUGAAAUUGACGUAAGCUGUCUCUUCACUAUAUUUAAGAAAAAUGAAGAUAUUACAUUCGAGGAUUUCAUUAAUUUGAAAUCAUUAUUGAAAUAUCUUUAUACUGGAAGAAUUGAAAUCACAACAAAAAAUGCACUCACACUCAUGUUACUUUGGGAAGCUAUGGGAAUGUCUGAAAAAAGUCCUCUAUUUGAAACAUGUAAAGACUUUGUUUGUAGAGGGCUCUGUAUCGAGAACAUUAUGAAUGUCAUUACAAAGGUUGUCAACAGAGAAAAGAAAUCUACACCAACUGAGAGUCCUUCAAUGAUUGGCUUUGGAAUUUUCAGAAAUCUAAUUCAAGAAGAGGAAUCACACUUGCAACCUUAUAAUUACUCCAUCAUUGAAACGGAAUGCCUAAACUUUUGUGCCAACAAAUGGAAGGAAAUUCUCUUGAUUUACAAGCACGACAUUUUAAAUUUCCUAUCAAAGGAACAACUCUUGAAGAUUACAUGUAUCCAAAACAGAGUUUCCUUGUAGGAAGAUUUACAUACUUCUCACCAAACAAAUUAUCAUCAUUCCAAAAACAUUCCUCAACAACAUUCCUGCAAACAAGCUCUUCCCUUACUUUGCGAGUCCAAUUAAAACAAAAUAAAAAUAAAAAAUAAAAUUUUGU